AUGGCUAAAAUAGCAAUUGACGAAGAUGAAAGCAGUGAAAUGACAGCAAUGACAAUCAGCAUACACAAUGCUAAUGAGCUACUGAGCAUGGCAGUUCACCGUAUGGGAUUAACCACCGGACCAUUAACGUAUGCAUGGGAUAAGCCAUAUGAUGAUCGUAGCGCAUCUCACGAAUUCGCAACGUCGUUACGUGACAGAAGGGCUCGCUUUACGUUCAAGAGGUUCGAUCAAAGGACCGUGCCGUGGGUAGCCUCGUUAUUGCCUCUAAUUUCCAACCAACUGAUCUUUGGCGAUGAAUGCACCGAAGCCGAAGGUCGCACAUGGCAUCAUCAUCAUUUCCAGUGUGCCGAUUGCUCCAAAGAAUUGGGAGGGCAGAAGUACAUGCAGAGGUUCGAAGAAGGCUUGCCAUCGCUUUCAUUAAGACUGUUUCUGAUUAUUUUCCUAUUUAGGAACAACAAGCCU